AUGGAAUUACAACAUCUGCUGGUACUUUGCUGUUACGGUGGUCAGCCAUUCAUUGACUUUCAUCUAGCUCCAGCUCACUCUUCUACACAACAGAUAGAUCCUACUGAUUGGCAGGCUAGCGACACAGCAGUAUCUCUUCUCGACAACUCAUCCAUAUCUUUGAUUCCUCAUCUUCACGAUGUCCUGCGACUUGGAAUUUCGCUCACCCUCUGCGAUCUGUUCAACGUCACUUUUUCCACCAGUGCUGAUCAAGCACUUUUCGACCGAUAUCGGGCGAAAUUGGCAUGCCGGUUAGUGGUAGAAUGUAAAAUUUCUGUAGAAUGAAA